UGACUAAAGGACCGACCUUGGGAACAGAACUCAUUCUUAAACUAGGAACUACCUGUACUCUUUAUUGCAUCGUACAAUUAAUCAGCCAACAUGGCAUUUUCUGCAUACAAAAGUACACACAUGUCAGUUUUGAGAUGUCACGGGUGCAAUGAAACCUUAGUUUUACCCUGGCAUCCUCACAUCUUCUGUGCAAGCUAGGAUUUCUAAUAUAGACUGCCUUGCAAACCAACAUGUUAUUUACUUUGUAGUACUGAAAAAAACCAUUAAGAGUCAUAUAUGCCGUGCUGUUAGGAAAAUAAUUGUUUUAUGUUCAGCUUUAAUCAUUCCAAAAUUUCACAUUUGAUUUUAGGAGAAAACUUUAUUGUAAUUGUUGCGGGAGCGAAUUUGCUUCUGAAUUCUGAUGAUUUAAAAAAGGCUGCUCAUGUCAUCUCUGAAGCCAAAGUGAUGGUCUGCCAACUUGAAGUAACCCCAGCUAUUUCUUUAGAAGCAUUAAAAAUGGCUUAUACCAGUGGAGUGAAGACUUUGUUUAAUCCUGCUCCAGCAAUUGCUGACCUAGAUCCACAGUUUUACACUUAUUCCAACAUCAUCUGCUGCAAUGAAAGUGAGGCAGAAAUUCUAACAGGAAUUGCAGUUGGCAAUGCUGGAGAUGCUGGACAAGUUGGACUUAAAUUGUUAGAGAGAGGCUGUAGGACUGCCAUUGUAACCUUGGGACCAGAUGGUUGUGUGAUAGUCUCCAAAGAGGAACCAGCUCCUAAUCAUGUUCCUGUCACAAAGAUCACUGCUGUGGAUACCACGGGAGCAGGUGAUAGCUUUGUUGGAGCACUAGCUUUCUACCUGGCUCAGUACCCCAAUCUGCCUCUACAAGAAAUGCUGAGGAGAAGUAACUUUAUAGCAUCCAUUAGCACUCAAACAACAGGGACACAGACUUCCUACCCUUACAGAAAGGAUCUGCCACAAAACCUAUUUUAAGCUGUAUAACAUAAGUUUGAUUUUCUCUUCUCAGGUACUACAGCUUUUUAGACAAAUGCCAACUAUAUGGAUGCCAAAAUUAAGAUGUGUCAUUGUAUAAAUCUCAUAAUGUUGCUUAACCUUACCCUGAAUAAGGUGUACAUGGUUUCACACACUGCAAUUCCAAUUUUGGACAUAGCAUUUCAGCUUUACAGUAAGAUUAUUUUCCAUGUCUUAGUCACUUAAGCAAGAACCCUUAUUACUAUUUUAAAAUUGUGAUCCUACUCUGAGAAUAAAAUUUUUGUGCAAUUUGGAGUCUUUGUUUGCAUUGGGAAACAAUUAUCAAAGCAGAAAGUACUAUUCAAUAUUUAUAUUGAAGCUUAACACACAAAAAACAAUGCAAGGCUCACUUUUGCAGUGAAAUACUUGUAGAAGUUGUGACUUUAAAGAGUGUGGAAUUCUGCUGAACUACAGCCCUCAAGAGCCCCAGCUACUAUGGCAAAAUGUCACAGGCUCCUCAUCCUUGUUCUAACAUAAGAUUACACCCCUUUGUUGACUGAUGAAGACUGCAACAGAACUGUAUUACUCUAUGGAUGCACAGCAAAUAUUUGCAGGCAUGGCAAGAUUCCUGAAUGCAUUAUAUUACCAGCUCAACCAUGAAUCACACCCUCAUCACUAUCUGGUCAGUUUACUACAGUGCCCUUUACCUGGGAUUUAAAAGCCAUUUGGGAACUGCAGGUAAUACAAAAUACAGUGGACAACCUGUUAAAUGGCAUUAGAUCCAAACAGCAUAUGUGCCACAGGCCCUUCAGUGGCUGCCAGUAUGUUUCAAGGUGCAAUUUAAAGUGCUGGUUUUGAUAUGGAAAGCACAUGCUAUUAAGGUAGCUUCUAGGACCACCUUCUCCAACCAGAAUUAUCCUAUGUGCUCUGAACAUCUCAUGAAAAUUGCUUGGUAUUCACCUGAAGUUGGGGGUACUGAGGCCAGGAGAAGUGUCUGCGUCAUGAUCCCUGUAUUAUUGGAACAGCCUUUCCCUAGGUGUAAGACAUAUGCCAAAAGAAAUUCAUUUAUGUUCAUUUGUUAAAAAUGUUUUUAUGCUGCUUCAAUCAUUCAGAGUUUAAGCAGUUCACAGCAUAUAUACAAUAAUAUACUGUAAACAUCAUAUUCUACAACACUCAAACUAUCUUAUGCUAGAGCCAGCAAUUGUAAUAGGACUAAUCUUAUUCCAAGCUCCCACAAUCACACUAUCACAUACUCAAUUCCAAGUGCUCUCUGAAAAAGCCAAGUUUCUACAAGCUUUCUAAAUAUCUUAUGUCUGGUUAGAAGCCAUUCUACAAGAAAGCCGCUCCUGCAGAAAAUGCUUGCAUGUAAGUCUCCUCCCAUCACACCUCAUUCUGCAGGCAUACUUUGGGUAGAUUCUAUUCAAAGCAAGCAAUCUAGUAGAUACCUGCGUUCAAAGCUUUGUGAUACUUCAAAAGUUAAUGACCAGCACCUUGAAUUGCACUGGGGAGAUGAGUUCUUCUGAAGGACUUUUAAAAUUUGAGAUGAAACCAUCGUAUGAAUUUUGAUAAACUGCUUUUUUGGCUGAUUGUUUCAAUUUAUACUAUAGAUGUUUAUGUUUUUUUUGUGUGUGUGACAAAACAUCUUAGACUACAGUGGUACAGAAAUCUAAUAAAUAAAGCAUAAUAAAUUAAAAACUCAAAAGACCAGUCAACUGUAGCUAAAUGAAAUUUCAUAAAAAGCAAUAUAAAUCCAGCUGCCUGCCUCUAUGCCUGAGACAGCCAAUCAAACUAUGCAAAUUAUUCCAUUGUUCAGUUUUGUAGCUACAUGGAACAAAUGUUUCUUACAAGAGUGUAAGCUUCCCUAAACCCGGUGCCAGAUGUGUUUGAACUACAGUUUCCACCAUUUGCUU